AGUUAGUUUUUGUUGUACUGAUAUAUUGUACAAGUGUUGUAUUCAUUCAGUGGAAACAAGUGUGAAUGAAAUGGCUCCUGUAAUUAAAUACACGAAGAUUUUUAUCGACAAUCAGUGGGUGGACGCUAAGAGCAAAAAGACUUUUGAGACUGUCAGUCCUCACAGUGGGUUACCAAUCGCGAAUGUCGCUGAAGGCGAUAAGGCUGACGUAGAUUUAGCUGUAGAAGCUGCUAAGCGUGCCUUUCAUCGCAACUCUGAAUGGCGUCUCCUAGACGCUUCACGGCGCGGUCGACUACUGUUCAAGUUUGCCGAGUUAAUCGAGCGUGACAUAGACUAUCUUGCUGAGUUAGAGUCGUAUGACAAUGGCAUGGUCCUUAGGACGGCUAAAAUGCUUAUGAUGAAUACGGGCAACCACAUCAGAUAUAUGGCGAGUUUGGCUGACAAAAUACAGGGUGACACUAUACCUCUAGAUGGUGAUACCUUUUCUUAUACUCUGAAGCAACCAAUUGGUGUUUGUGGGCUGAUUCUGCCCUGGAAUGUGCCCAUUCUUAUGUUUAUCAACAAAGUGGUGUCAGCUCUUACUGCAGGGUGUACUGUGGUAGUAAAGCCUGCUGAGCAAACUCCUUUAACGGCACUUGCUUUGGCGGCCUUAUUGAAGGAGGCUGGCAUUCCGAAUGGGGUCGUUAAUGUCGUUCCUGGUUUUGGAGAAGGAGCUGGCGUCGCUCUUACUCACCACCCUGACGUGGCUAAAAUUUCUUUCACGGGGUCUGUAGAGGUCGGUAAGCUAAUUCAGCAGGCGGCUGGUGCCAAUAAUCUCAAACGUGUCACCUUGGAACUCGGUGGCAAGAGCCCUCUUAUAAUUAUGAACGACGCUGACCUGAACAUUGCCGUACCUUAUGCAGCAAAUGGCAUAUUCUUCCACCAGGGUCAGAUAUGCGUUGCAGCAUCUCGAUUGUACGUGCAAUCAGAAAUAUAUGAUAAAUUCGUCGAAGCAGCUGUGAAUUACGCAAAGACCAUCAAAGUCGGCAGUCCAACCGAUGAUUCGACUCAGAAUGGUCCCCAGAUCGACGAGGAAAUGAUGAAUAAAGUUCUGGGUUACAUAGAGAAGGGCAAAAAAGAAGGUGCUAAGCUCUUGACAGGAGGUAACAGGAUCGGUACCACUGGCUACUAUAUUGAACCUACUGUUUUCGCAGAUGUUAAUGAUGACAUGACCAUCGCUAAGGAAGAGAUUUUCGGCCCCGUGCAAAGCAUUCUGAAAUUUGACACCCUGGAAGAGGUGAUUGACCGUGCGAACAAUACCAACUAUGGUCUGGCUGCUGGUGUCUUCACCACCAGUCUCAAUACCGCUUUACAAUUCUCGAAACACGUAGAAGCCGGAACUGUUUGGGUGAACACAUAUUUGGUUGGUGGAUCACAAGUGCCGUUUGGUGGUUUCAAAGAAUCUGGCAUCGGACGUGAAAAUGGCAUUCAUACUGUGGACCCGUAUUUAGAAGUCAAAACUGUUGUUGUAUCCCUACCGAAGAAACUUUAAUAUAGUUUAAUUUGUAUAAGAAUUAUGUAACUGAUAAGUAUAUAAUUAUAUUUGU